GGAAAAAGUUGUUUAUUUACGAAUGUAAUUUUUGUGGAUUUUUACAAUAAUAUAAACAAUAAUUAAAAAUACAACAAGUAAUCCGACGCUUUUUAUAUUUCUCCACAACGUAAAUACAAAAGGAAGGGGUAAUUUUAUUUGGAUGGUCAUUUUGGAGGUCAGAGGGAACCUUAUUAACACAGGAAUACCAAAGGUAGCAUGAAGUGAACACCACUAUGAAUAACAGGAAUAAACGAGCACGACUGGAGUUGUCUUUGGCGCCGGCAACUAUCGAUGCAGGCAUCGGUAAUAGCUGCGCUAUCAACGCAACUGAUAUAACGUCCAAUAUUGGUGGCACACCAAAUAUCUUUUUGGGCAAUUCGACAAAUUCAAGUGCCAAUAGUACUACUUCGGUUGGUAUGUUACCCACAAACGUAUUUCUAACAAUCUGUGAUGAGAACUCCGACGAGUCGCAGGAAUACCUGGCCAUUGGCAAUACGCUGACGCCCAUAAAACAAGAACAUACAGAUACUUUAUGCAGCAGUAGCACACAGGCCACACAAACUUUGCCCCUGCAAUAUCGCCUUGUCAACCAAAUACAACGUCAACCGCACAAUAUCGAUACGAUUAACAACAGCAGCAUCGUCAGCAGUGGUGCAAAUGCGGCUUUUAAUGCUGCGCUGCCAAUGCAACUACCGAACGGUUGCGAAAUCUAUAUAGUCAAAGAAUAUGUAGAUAAUGUGCCCACCAUGCUCACAGAUGAAAGUGAGUUGUUGCAAGGACCGCCUAGUCCACCAGCGACCGAGACAAUAGAAACAAUUAAAUUAGAGCCGGACUCUUGUGUAACGUCGACAGCCUGCGCUGGUGCUGCCACAUCCACAACCACAAUCAAUGGCGUGCAAAUACUGCGUAAUACACCGCUGCCGCUUAUAAACGCUAAUAAGUCGGCCAAUGCCACUGCCGAUGGGCGUACAAACACAAAUAGAAGCGCUACAACGGUAACAAGCAUUAGCGCUCCGGACACACAGGGCAAUAGUACAAAGCGCAGUUGCAUAUUGGAGGCGUACAAAAAGCGUGAUGAUAAGCGACGCGCAACGCAUAAUGAAGUGGAACGACGGCGACGCGAUAAAAUAAACAAUUGGAUUUUCAAACUGAAAGAAAUGCUGCCGACCGAAGGCGUUAACAACAAUAAUAAUAACAACAACCAACAACAACAAAUUGGCUUAGUGGAACAGUUACAAACAAAAACGAUCGCAAACAGUAAUACUAACAAUAACAACAGCAAUAGCAGCAAUCGUACGCCGCCCAAUGAUUCCAAGUCACAAAUACUGAUCAAAGCUUGCGAGUAUAUUAAAACCAUGCAGGACGAAAUAAAAAGCUUACGUGAGUGCCUUAGUGAAAAUGAGAACCUGCGUCUAAGUAAUCAGCGUUUACAAAAUGAAUUGACCAAAUUGCAACGCGAACGUGGCGCUAAUUUACACACGCGCAAUUUCAAUAGCAACUUCAAUAUAACCUUAAACAGUUUAAAUAGCAAUAAUAGCAAUGGUAGUGGCGGCGGCGGUGGUGGCAGCGCCAGCAGUAGCCCUGGUGGCACGGGCAACAGCAUUUUUGGCGGCCUCAAUAUUCCACCACACAGCAGCAAUACGAAUACGUACACGAAACGCGAGUUAAUCAUACGUGAUUAUGUUGAUUAGAGAAAUCAUUCAUUUAUUAUUAUUCGUUUUUUUUUUUACUUAAAUGACUGUAACGAAGUGUUGUGCUACAAAAGUGCAA